GGUGUCAGCUGCCACAAAGAUGCCAAAUACACGUGGGUAACCCCUGGCCAGGUUCAUCAAGAGAAACAGGUGACCUAAAUCUCAGUCAGAUUGCCAGGUAUUAUGAGGCUUUCCAGGAAAUGGGGGGGGCUAAGGGAACUGCAAAAAGGGGUCAAGGUGGCAACAUGAAGACACCAAACCAGGCAACAGCAUGAAGAUACUCAAGUUGAGACUACCACUUAGGGGAGUAGGGGUACAGUCACAAAACAAUGUUCCAGCAUAUGGCUCCAGUGAAGGUCUGUUACAAAUGGGAAGUGAAGCAGGAUAGAGUAUCACAUAUGACUAGGGAAAUUUCUUCCUACCUACUGGGAAACAGCAGACUGAAACAAAGGAUGAACUGUACCAUAGCAGAUGAGAUAUCCAUGGAGCAGCGAAAUUUUUCCUUUUUCUCAAUGGCCUCAAAGGUGCACCAAAGCAUAUCAGGCAGCAGGACACAAAUGGCCUUAGCAAAAAGUACUUUGGAGUCCCAAGAAAGUAAUUUCCUUCAAACAGUUUUAUCAUCAGUUACCACUCCCCUUGAUGUGACUUCAUUUAACCAAGAAGAAACGAUCAGGAUUUCAGAAUGGAGAAGUAUGCCAUCGGUAGAUGUCUCCAUAACAAGCAAUGAGGCAUUCUUAAGUGACAAUGAAUUUAUUAGCUCAUUUCCAAAGGCACAGUGGACUCCUCCACUGAAGUCUUCUGCAGUUUUACCAGAUCAUCAGUCUAAUACAGUAGAGCCACCAAGAGAAGUAUUAGAAACUCUGUUGCUAACACCUUCAUUAUCUGUCUUUUUUAUACCAUACGAAAUCUUGAAAACAGCACAGCAAAAGACUCCGCUAAGUGCUGUCCCUAGUCCCAGUAACACUCUCACAGAACUGAAGCCUUUUGUACCAGAUAGUGAAAUUCUAAGUUCAAGCAGAGACUUGCUGUUGCACCCUCCAAAUACAGAUAUUUAUUUCACUCCCAUUCCUUUAGAGGAGGUGGGUGAGGUGUGGGAAAACGUAAACAGAAGUUUAACAUCUCUGCUUUCUGAGGCAACUUCACGAGAGCCACCUGUCCAUCUCCAGUUGCUGGAUAGAGAUAGCCAUGUUGCAGCAGAUGCUACAGCACAAAGUAUAGACCCAAAUGGUGACAAUUACACUGAUGUGAGUAGCUGGGCAACAGAAGUACUCGGUGUAAGGACCUACCCUGCUCCAAGCAGUCCCUGGGCCACACCUGCUGCUGCAGCAGCCAGUGCUGAGCCCAGUUUGUUUGCAAUCAGUCUUCCACUUGCACCUUUCCCUGGUCACUCAGCUGUCGUUUCUGCUAACGCUGGUACGGUUCUUAAUGCCAGCUUGUUUACAUACCACUUCUCCAGUACAGCACCAAAUUUGCCUGCUGGUUCAGAAAUACCGAGUCAACCUGAGCUUGUUAGUGAGCUCAUAAGCCCAGUGCCUUUCACGAGAUCAUACAGUUCUUGUUUAUACUGUGACUCGGUUUCACUUCUGCCAGAGGCAGGCUUUGCUCCAGAACAUGAUGUGGGCUCAGGUGAUUACAUUGAAACCAUGUCAGUCCAAGCCUCUGAAGUACAAGGAGUAACUCCAUUUACAACUAUAAUUACCGAUCAGUAUGAGUUCGAUGAGCCUACACCUGAGAUUUUUGAUACUUCUUUUCCAUCAAGACCAGUUGUUUCAUUUUCUUCAAGAUUUGCAGAGAUCCCUGAUUCAAGUGUGUUUUUAUCAAGCACUGUGGGCACUGCCAUUGAUGACAGAAUACCUAUGAGUUCUCCUUCCUACCAUCAUCUCCCUGGAGAGAUGUCACUGGACAUCUCUGCUGCCCAGUUUUCCCUCUCUGCUAUGGAAACUGUUUCACCGCCACCAAGCACUGGUGCAGAACAUCCUGCUGCCACCACUGUUCUGUCUGAAACUGCAGUCACCCCGAGUGAGCUGGUAGUGUCUUCUGCAGUCAGUCACACAACUUUUCUGGACUCACCAGAACUUAGGCCAUCAGAAUCAGGAUUUUUGCUUGACAAGACAUCUACAAGGGAAGAACCAUCUUUAACAGUUUCAGAUUUCUCGUCCAAUCUUUUAUCAACACCAUUUCUGAUUGAACCUAGCUACUCGUUUUUGUCGUCAGCCAUGCUACACUCUUACUCUGUCGUGCAGAGUGAUUUAUCAACACUCUUACCUCAGACCUUGUUGACUGGGACAUCAGUACUUUAUGAGGAUGUUUCCAGCUGGGACUUAGCUACUGCUGUCAGCUCUACCAGUAACAUUGAGGUUUCUCUGUUCUCUCUCGGACAAGCACCAUACUUCUACUCAAAUGCAUCCUCUACUCCAGGUCCACACGUUCCUGAAAUAAUGCCAUCAUCAGGUUUGCAUUCUGACUCAUCUGUGUUUCUGGAAGCACCAUCAGUAUUGGUAGCGGGAUCUGAAGUUGUGAUUACCUCAGCUGUUACAGGAGCUACCUCUCAGUUAGAGCCUUCGCCCUCCUCCUUCCAGCCUGUGGUUCCCACCCUGGUGCUGCCUGCUUCCGACACCGAGCCUGUUAACAGCAGUGUCCUGCUCGACGAGACGAGUCUGAUCUCUCUGUUUACUCCCUUUCCAAUAACUCCUGUCUUAAACGUGUCUUCAUCUCUGCUCUCAACUGUUCUGGCUUCUGAUGAGGAUACUGGUGCUACAGUUAACGCCACGCUGCUUUUAACAUCCCACAGCGAGGGCAGCGCCCACCCCACAGCACUUGUGACUGCAGGCCCUGACAGCCUGAUGCCGCGUGUCGAUGCCAGCAGCGUCGCUCCCUCUCCUACACAAUCUCCAUCUGUGAUCACAUCGCUCGUUCCCACACCAUUUCCUCCGACUUCUCGCCCUGCCACGGGGUAUGAUGUUCCAGCGGGAACUGGCAGUACCAACACAUCGGCUGCUCCUGGCACUGUCCCCAAAACCGCUGCCACUAGCACCCCGAGCAGCCGCGGCACGCCUGCUGCGGGCAGCAGCCCCGGCACCUUCUCCUCCCCUCCUCUGCUCACCAUCUUCUCCUCCCCUCCUCUGCCCACCACCACCGCUCGGCCCAGAGCCACGGUCCUGACCUCUGCCGCCAGCACCACCAGGCAGCCCUACGUCUGCGACAUCGCGGUCCCCGAUGCUUACCUUGUCACUGCCGUGCUGGCCCGAAGAGCUGUUCUACAAAAUGUCAGUGAAUCCAUCAGAGAAGUGCUCAGAGUUCAGUUCAGGCGAUCAGUAGAGCUAGAGCUCCUCGGGGUUUUUGAGAAGUCUCAAUGUCAGGAGAUGAAUUGGAGGAGGAAAACUGUAAUUGAGGUUUAUAAAAUUUCCCCGAAAUAUGCUUUCUUGGUGACAUCAGGUCCUUUUGUUUACACGGCGAUAGCUGUCAUAAAUGUGCUUGUGAACAGCAGUCUUCUUCGUGGUGAGAGCCCCCUGAUCCUCUCGCUGCAUCCUUCUUUCACCAUGCCUGAUAACAGAUUCCAGGUUCAGACAGUGCUUCAGUUUGUGCCUCGAAAUGUGGAUAUUGGGUUCUGCGACUUCAGCCAGCGCAUUGAAAAGGGGCUGACAAUGGCAUUCAUGGAGGUGAGCAAACAACACCAGGAGUUCUACAACUUCACUGUGCAGAUACUGAAUAUAACUCUGAGUAGGCCCGGGGCUGCAUUUCGUCAGGGCCCCGUGAGCAUCAUUUUUGCCAUCCGAGAUAGAUAUGGUUUUCUAAAUGGGUCCGAAGUCAGUGAACAGUUAAGAAACUUGUCCGUGGUGGAAUUCAGCUUCUAUCUGGGUUUUCCUGUGCAGCAAAUUGCUGAACCCUUUCAUUAUCCUAAGCUUAAUGUGUCGCAGUUAAUGAAAUCUUCCUGGGUGAGAACAGUUCUCUUGGGUGUCGUCGACCAGCGAAUUCAGGAGGAAGUAUUUCAGGCUGAGAUGGAGCGGAAGCUAGCUCACCUGUUAAACGAGGCUUUGGCCAGAGGGCGGAUAUGGAGACGAGCCAGUUUUGCAGGCAGCAACAUUGUGCAGAUUGUGAAUGUGUCACGGUUAGAUGGUGUUGAUAACCCUGUGGAGCUGAUCUACUUUGUGGAGGAUCAAGAUGGAGAGAGAUUCAGUGCUUUGAAGUGCUCUGACCUGAUGAACAGGGUUGAUAUCCAGCGGGCUGCAAUCAUCCUCGGAUACCGCAUUGAAGGCGCCGUUGCACAGCCUGUGGAAAAGCUGAAGGAGUCCUCCUCAGAGUCACAGAAUAGCAACCUAUGGAUUAUUGUUGGAGUGGCAGUCCCAGUUGCUGUGGUGCUCCUGAUCGUUAUUAUUUUAUACUGGAAACUUUGUCGAACAGACAAGCUGGAGUUUCAGCCAGACACGAUAAGCAACAUUCAGCAGCGACAGAAGCUACAAGCCCCAAGUGUGAAAGGCUUUGAUUUUGCUAAGCAGCAUCUGGGCCAGCACAAUAAAGAUGAUGUCCUGAUUAUCCAUGAGCCCGCUCCUUUACCAGGACCUGUUAAGGACACUACCCCAUCUGAAAAUGGAGAUGUGCCCAGCCCCAAGUCCAAGACUUCCUCAAAACCUUCAAAGACUGUCCGACACAGAGGGAGAGUUUCACCAUCAGAUGCUGACUCCACAGCAAGUGAACAAUCCAGCGGGAGAGAGACAGGAGAGGAAACUGCAAGACCAUCAACUGCAAAUGAGGGUAAACCACGCAGAGGAGUGAAGAAGGGACCUCCUCAGACAAGCAGUGGAAACGAGCAGCACUCCUCAGCCUCGAUCUUUGAACAUGUGGAUAGGAUGUCACGUUCCUCAGAUGCAAGCAGACGGGUCCCAAGCAAGAUCCAGCUGAUUGCUAUGCAGCCGAUGGCAGCACCUCCAAUUCAGAAUUCUGUGCUUUCUGAUCGAGUAGCAGAGACCAACAAAAUUAAUAAAGAGAUACAGACAGCCCUAAGGCAUAAAUCUGAGAUUGAGCAUCACCGCAAUAAGAUUCGUCUUCGCGCCAAGCGCAAAGGGCACUAUGAAUUUCCAGUGGUGGAUGAUGUGGUGGUGGUUGACUCCAAAGAACAACACAGAAUAUAUCGCAAGGCACAGAUGCAGAUUGACAAGAUCUUGGACCCUGGAGGCAGUGUGCCUACUGUCUUCAUAGAACCCAGGAAGAGCUCUCGUGCAAAACGUUCUCCCAAGCAGCGCCGGCGACAUCAGAUAAACGGUAGUCCCAUUGAUGCGGAAAAGGACAGGUUAAUCACAACUGAUAGUGAUGGGACAUACAAACGACCUCCAGGAGUCAAUAACUCUGCAUAUAUUUCUGAUCCGGAUUUGCCUCCUGAUCCUCAUACAUCAUCUUCAGCAGAUCUGGGGAAGUUCCCCGGCUUGCCUUCCCACCCAGUCUCCCAGUACGUCCCACCGCAGCCAUCCAUAGAAGAGGCUCGGCAGACCAUGCACUCAUUGCUGGAUGAUGCCUUUGCCCUGGUGGCUCCCAGCAGCCAAGCGGCCAAUUCCACAGCCGUCACACCACCUGGGGUCUCUGCAGGACAGCCGGUAAACAACACUCCUGCUCGAGCAGGGAGGGGAACCACUUGCACCCAAUGGGGAUCACCUUAUGGUCCAACUCGGGCAGUAAACAUCCCAUUUAAUAGAUAUGUGGAAUUUGGAAUGACUCCGCCAGCAGCACCAGGUCUCCUACCAAGGCAGAACUUUGGGCCAGGUUUUCUUCAACCGGCGGAGUUAAUGCACCCAGACCAGCAGCCACCCGAGGCUCAUUAUUCCUCCAGAGGAAUAUACUCAGAGGAAAUGCCAUCAGUGGCACGACCACGACCAGUUGGAAGCACUGCAGGUUCUCAGAUACAGCACCUCACUCAGGUGGGAAUUGCUAGCAGGAUCGGAGGUCAACAAGUGGAGAUCCCCUCAGGCAGAGCAGGGCAUGGCCAGCCGGGGGGGCCAGGGUGGCCCCAGUACCGUGGAGAGGAUGAAUAUGCUAGGCGAGAUGCAACGCAUAUGCAUGGACACCAAGAAUAUUCCUCCUCACCAGUAUUCCAGAUGCCGAGGACUUCAGCCAGGCAGCCUUCGGCACCCCCUGCUCAGCUUCCGCACAACAGCCUUCAGGGCCAGGGCCUUUGCUACACCACCAGUUCCACUGAGGACCUCCAGCCAGGUCACUCUUCAGCCUCUCUUAUAAAAGCAAUUAGAGAAGAACUUCUACGACUUUCUCAGAAACAGACAACAGUGCAGAACUUCCAUAGUUGAUUUAGCAUUCCCUUGCAAAUCUGCCAGGUAUCUGCUUCCUAUGGAAGCAAAGACUUAAAGGAAAUCACCAAUGUUGUUCUCUCAAAAGAAUGGACUUUCGCAGCUCUUUAAACACCACUCUGGAAAAAAGAAAAGGCAGCAAAAUGAGAAGAGUGUAAGAGAGACAGGGGACAAACAGGGAAAAUCAUCAGUGUCAUCGCAAGCAAUGUUAAUUAGUCUGCUGUUACUAUGGUGCUCCUCUUCUCUUCCUACCCUCAUUCAGUCUAACAAAUAAAUAAAAAGUUAGGUCAAGAAGUCAAUACUCCAGCAACAGAAAAAUCCCAGGAACAAACUCCAAGUGUAGUAACUCCUUCUUCUAAGGAAGAAGGCAAAGGUUUGCAUGAACUGAAAUGACAUUUUGCAACAGAGUACAAGUAUUCUGAUCUCUCCAGUGCUUAUGGGGAACUGGUUUGUGUUGCUGUUCUUCAAGAUUACAAACUGUAUCAGCUCUAGGAUGUUGAAGGUGUAAUCCCACAUAAGAAUCCCUUUGAUUGUCAAUAACAAUAGGACUGUUUAGAAUAAAAGGCUUUAUGAGCUACUUGUAACAAACUGGAACAAUAAUUGUUAUAGCUCUAACCUUCCGAAUGGAGCUACCCUCUGCACUCUUCCUUGUUUUCCUUCUGGUGCUGAAGCUUCAAGUGUUCCUUCAUCUUCAAUGUUUGCAAAGUGAAACAUUGGCCUUGUAUAACUACAACAAUAUCCAUAGACUUAUUCAGGCUGGAAAAACAAAGCAAAGCAUCCAAACAGAAAGGGCUUGGUAUUUAAUUUGUUCUAAAAAUCAUUGAAAAAUAUUCAGCCACAGUUAAAUUUGGGGAAAUGUGUGUAUAUAACUUUAAAAAUUAUAUAUUUGCAUACUACAUGCUCUUGUUAGACCGGCAAUAAAUUAUUGCCACUCUGUAGUUUGCUUUGUGGACAGAAAUCAAUCCAGCCUGACUGGUACAGGGUCACCAGCAUUGUUUUAAAUUGAUGUCCUAAAUCAUUGCUUAUGUUUGGAUCUGAAUAAUUUUAGUGAAAGUCAGUGACAGUUUAGAGCAUUAACAUAGGCUUAGAGUUGCAGUUUGGAGACAGUUUCUAUAUUUAUACUUGUUCCCACUGUCCCUUUGGACAAAGGGUAAGCAUUGUCCCCAUGGUAAAAAAUGGUACGUGCCAUGGAACUGUUGUCGCUGUUUUUUCCAGAGUUUUAAUUUAAUAUUAGCUAUGAAUUUACUAAUAUUUGGCCAUUGCAUAACUGUAACUGACAUAAUACAUAUGAAGAUUUUACUUACGUCGUGAUUUGUUGGAGUGUUUUUAUUUUCAGAUCAGACUGUAUUAAGCUAACAAACCGGCACUGAGAUGGAGUGGGAGCUCAGUGUUUGUGAGAAGGCUUGGGAGCCUUGCCCUAGAAAAAUGAAAAGCAAAGCUACUUGGUGCUACAACAUGGGCAUUUCAAACACUGUAGAAGAUGGUAGUAGCCAAGGAGAUCAUUGGGCAGUUGACCAGGGUAGGCCUUAAUGGCAUAGAAAUAGCAUUGGUAAGAUACAGGUAUGUAAUGCUCUUUUAUUAUGGUGUUCUUUGGCUACCAAAUCAGUUCCUGGUUCCAGUGCACAGUUCAGUAGCUGCAACAAGACUAGCUCAGACUGAAAUGAAAACAGGUAGGAGGAUGCCAUGGAAGAACCCUAUGUACUUUGUUCAUGAAUACAUACAUAACAUCAUUCGUUGCCAAAGCCAAGACUAGGAAGCAACUGGCUGCUCACUGACAUGAUAAAAACAAUGGCAUGUUGCUUCCUUUCUUUAUUAGGAAACUAAGAUAUUUUUCUGUUUACCUAUGAUUGUCAGAAGGCAGUAUGAAAUUGUUUGAGGAACUUAAUGUAGCAAAGCAGUCUAAAUUCAUUUCCAGUUCACUGGUCAAUACUUAGUCCUCAUGGGUACUGGUUGAGGUUUGGAUGGAGUCAGAACACCUGCAUGGUUGUGAACAGCACUAUUUACAGGUCAUUUUUUAAGCCUUUUGUGUAAUAAUCAGUUCUAGCGUAAAAAUAAAGAAACAGUUGUUUUCUGCCAAA